GGCUGUGUUAGAGUUUUUUUUUUUUUUUCCUUUUAAAUGUAACACAUUUUCAUCUUUUCUUCUUAAACAGUGCCUGAGAACAUUUACAUUAUAGAUAAGUAGUGCAGGGUGGAUAAAUUCUACUUUCAAGACCACUACUUUCUUCUGACAAGUCCUAGAUCAGUCUUGCACCUGAGAGAGCAUGAAGGAAUAUGUGCUUCUACUGCUCUUGGCUGUGUGCUCUGCCAAACCCUUCUUUAGCCCUUCACACAUGACGCUGAAGAAUAUGAUGCUGAAGGAUAUGGAAGAUGCAGAUGAUGAUGACGACGACGACGAUGCCAACGACAACUCUCUUUUUCCAACAAAAGAGCCAACAUACCCCUUUUUCCCAUUUGAUUUGUUUCCAACAUGUCCGUUUGGAUGCCAAUGCUAUUCACGAGUUGUACACUGCUCUGAUCUAGGUUUAACCUCUGUUCCAAGCAACAUUCCAUUUGAUACUCGAAUGGUCGACCUUCAAAACAAUAAAAUUAAGGAGAUCAAAGAAAAUGACUUUAAAGGACUCACUUCACUUUAUGCUCUGAUUCUGAACAACAACAAGCUAACAAAGAUUCACCCAAAAACCUUUCUAACCACAAAGAAGCUGCGAAGGCUGUAUUUAUCCCACAAUCAACUAAGUGAAAUACCACUUAAUCUUCCCAAAUCACUAGCAGAGCUCAGAAUUCAUGAUAAUAAAGUUAAGAAAAUACAAAAGGACACCUUCAAAGGAAUGAAUGCUUUACACGUGUUGGAAAUGAGUGCGAAUCCACUUGAUAAUAAUGGGAUAGAGCCAGGGGCAUUUGAAGGGGUGACAGUGUUCCAUAUCAGAAUUGCUGAAGCAAAACUAACUUCAAUUCCUAAAGGCCUACCAUCUACUUUAUUGGAACUUCAUUUAGAUUAUAAUAAAAUUUCAACUGUGGAACUCGAGGAUUUUAAACGAUACAAAGAACUGCAAAGGCUGGGCCUAGGAAACAACAGAAUCACAGAUAUUGAAAAUGGAAGUUUUGCUAACAUACCACGUGUGAGAGAAAUACACUUGGAAAACAAUAAACUUAAAAAAAUUCCUUCAGGAUUACAGGAGUUGAAAUACCUCCAGAUAAUCUUCCUUCAUUCUAAUUCAAUUACGAAAGUGGGAGUGAACGACUUCUGUCCAACAAUGCCAAAGAUGAAGAAAUCUUUAUACAGUGCAAUAAGUUUAUUCCACAACCCUGUUAAGUACUGGGAAAUACAACCUGCAACAUUUCGUUGUGUUUUGAGCAGAAUGAGUGUUCAACUUGGGAACUUCAGAAAUUAGUAAUGUAUGCUAAAUAUAAAAUUCAAAAAUUCUUACAUUUGGAAUACUUGAACUCUGUUAAUAAUAGUGGUAUAUACAUAAGCAAAAAUCUGUCCCACAUGGUAAAUGACAAAAAAUUUCAACAGAAUUUUGCCAAACUAUUGAUACAUAAGGAUUGACAGAAAUAAGCAUGUAUUGCAGUUGCAUUUUGCAUACAAAUGAUUUUACAUAAAUUUCUUGCUUAAACAUUCCUCUCUAAGUAACAAAAAAAAUAGACAUUGAGUAUUUAACCUUUUGUUAUCAAGUGCAUUUCAAAAAUAACUGUACUGUAAUGGAAUGCUUGACUUAACAACAUUGGUGGUCUUUCAUUUGCUGUCAGAAAAACAAAACCGGCAAGGACAGCUAUGUGAAGAACACUCGAUACUAUUCUUACUCUUUCUGUAAUAACUUGGGUAGUACUGUAAUGUUUCUAGUCAUUUCAAGUAUGGUUUGACAUAACCAUACUGAAAUUCUCAUGUGUUAAGAACCUGUUUUUAAUGUUUAAAACUAACUUCUUAUAAUAAAACUUUCAGUAAGUAUUCAUUACCAACCAAUAGAUGCUAUUCGUAAAAGUUGGUUUUUUAGCUAUAGUACAUUGUUUUCUUUUUUUAAUUAUUACCUGAUUAUCAAAUCUCUGUAAAAAUGCAUAGUGAGUGUUGAUGUAAAAUCUGUAACUCACGUUUUUUAUUAUCAGUUAUUAUAAGCUCCUAAUAGCAUGUCAAUUGUUAGGUUACAUAACGUUGUCACCUCAACUGUAAGGAAUAUUUUCAGGAUGUCCCUUUGAAAGACCUUGUUUGGAAGACUCUGAACAUUAUUAGUUCUACAGUAAUUUGUCUCCUCCAGUACACAGUAGACUGGACAACUCUGAGAAGUAACGUGGCCUAACGGAACAGGCAAAGAAUCAAAUAAUACAGACAAAAACUGAAGACUCUGUACAAAAGUUGAGUACUUUGAUGCUUUUUUAAAAAUUGGCAUUCAGCAUAAGUUAAGUAAAAUGAGAAAGUAAGGAAAAUAUCAUUAAAAAUAUUGGUUUGAAAUAAAAUAUU